GGCGCSCUUGCGUCACACGCAGCGUCUCCCGCCGGUGAGCGGCGGCCGCAGCCUGAGGGGUGUCCCGCCCUUUCUGCUGCGUGUGUUCCACAGCGGCGGAUCCAUGUCUUUCCUUGUAAGUAAACCCGAGCGCAUUAGGCGUUGGGUGUCUGAGAAGUUYAUCGUUGAGGGGUUAAGAGAAUUCGAGCUGUUUGGAGAGCAGCCUCCGGGUGACUCUCGGAGAAAAACAAAUGAGGCGAGCUCCGAGUCGAUAGCUUCUUCCCCUAAAAGGGACACCAUGAGCAACUUYCUACCAGACAGCAGCUGCUAUGAGUUGCUCACUAUCAUAGGCAGAGGCUUUGAGGACUUGAUGGUUGUGAAYCUGGCCAGGUAUAAACCCACAGGAGAGUAUGUCACAGUCAGGAGAGUGAACUUGGAGGCCUGCACAAAUGAAAUGGUCACGUUCUUGCAGGGGGAGCUUCAUGUUUCCAAGCUCUUCAACCACCCUAACAUUGUGCCAUACAAAGCAACUUUCAUAGCUGACAAUGAGCUGUGGGUAGUGACUUCUUUCAUGGCCUAUGGUUCUGCAAAAGAUUUAAUCUGUACCCAUUUUACGGAUGGGAUGACUGAAUUGGCCAUUGCUUAUAUCCUCCAAGGCGUCUUGAAAGCACUUGACUACAUCCACCAUAUGGGCUAUGUACAUAGGAGUGUUAAAGCCAGCCAUAUCCUGAUCUCUGUAGAUGGGAAGGUGUAUCUCUCUGGCCUGCGGAGUAACCUGAGUAUGAUCAACCAUGGGCAACGACUCAAAGUUGUUCAUGACUUCCCCAAAUACAGCAUCAAAGUGUUGCCUUGGCUCAGUCCUGAGGUUUUGCAGCAGAAUCUGCAAGGUUACGAUGCAAAAUCUGACAUUUACAGUGUGGGGAUAACGGCYUGUGAGCUGGCAAAUGGACACGUCCCAUUUAAAGACAUGCCUUCUACUCAGAUGCUCUUGGAAAAGCUCAAUGGAACUGUUCCCUGCCUGCUAGACACCACCACAAUUCCUGCUGAUGAGCUGACUAUGAAAACCUCCCGUUCCAGUGCAAACUAYGGGAUGGGGGAGAGCACGGCCAUGAGCAACGUGCGUGCGGCCAACGGGGAGCCAGCCCUGCACCCCUACCUCCGCACCUUCUCCACCUACUUCCAUAACUUCGUGGAGCAGUGCCUCCAGAGGAACCCUGAUUUCAGGCCAAGCGCAGGCACUUUGCUCGGCCACCCCUUUUUUAAGCAGAUCAAGCGCCGCGCUUCCGAAGCACUCCCUGAACUUCUGCGCCCCGUCACCCCCAUCACCAAUUUGGAAGGGACACUGCCCCAGGAUCCCAGUGGCAUUUUUGGGUUGGUAUCAAACCUGGAGCAGCUGGAUGUGGAUGACUGGGAAUUCUAGAAAUAUAGGGACUACACCAAGUUCUGGAGAAGCUUUCUGGACAUUGUAAUUUAUUGGUCCUGUU